UAGUAGAAUAGCGGAUCGGUUUCUUGGUGCAUAGAUGUCCUAUUUCUUAACAGUUUUCGCUGUUGGGGCGCUUAAAACAUUUUCAGCUUUCUUUUACUGGCUUUCAGCUGGCAUUUACUGCAUGCAGUUUUAGCGUAUCAAUACCAGUAAAGGCAUUACCGCUUUUCUGAUUCGUCGAGCAAACAGAUCCUGUUUUCUGGCUACCAAGAUCAUUUUGAAAUUUAUGUUAUUGAAAAAUUUGACAUUUCAGCAAAGUUUUAAUAACAUUAUAGUCAGCCAUGCUUAUUUUUUUCGGUUGAAAAUAUUUCUAUUUUUUAUUAGACCCAUUAAAAUGCAGCUCCAUUUCGACUCUAAAUUGUGUCCGUAUCCGAACUCGGUAUUUUCAUUCGUGCUCCGUUUCAUCCAAUGGGCCCACGGGUUACUACACGGCAUCUGUCCUCACAGUUUGUUCUACCGGCACUCGGUAUUUUUCGCCGGACUGUAUUUGAUUGUGAAUUUGGUUAUCAAAUCUGUUGCGCUGUUCAAAGUCCUUUUGGCCGAUCCGACUUCCUCCGAGCGGGACUGGAUCCUACCGAUCGAGCUCUGGCGAUGGCGACUGUCGCUCCGAAUAUCCAGUCAUUAUUAUGAGCUGGGUCGAGCGCUGUUCCCGGUGCAGGGGCUGGCACGAAGCUUGUACUACCUGGUUUCGGGCGAUCCCCAGGGGCUGCUCGGCUUAAUAAUGAUUGUUCCGAUGGUUUUUCUGAUUGACGCUGCCUUUACUCUGACUGAGCUGAGGAUGGUUUUUAGUUCCGUUGGCAGCAACGAGGGUCGAACAGAAAAGGUCCGUGAGUUUGUGCUCGUAUCGGCACUGAGACUUGUUAGUCAGGCUAUAUUUUGGAGUCACUUGUGUUGCAUUAUGUAUAGUCAUUAUGGGAAUUGCAUAUUUCAAUAAAUAAAAGCCAUUUCAGUGUUUUUUCGAUAAAUAUUAAGGCCCCUGGAU